AUGCCGCGCCGACAGAGGGCGCGCAGCAGCGAGGAGCUCAAGGCGGAGGACUUCGUCGACUCGGUGCUCAACUUCGGCGGCGGCGGCGGGGGAGACGAGGAUGACGAGGAGAAGGACAAGGAGGCCGGCGGGGACGCCCAGCCGACGGCGGAGUUCAAGUCCAAGAACCUGGUGGCCGAGCGCAAGAGGCGCGGCAAGCUCAACCGCAACAUCCUCGACCUCAGGUCCGUCGUGCCGAACAUCACCAAGAUGAGCAAGGAGUCCACCCUGUCGGACGCUAUCGAUCACAUCAAGAAGCUCCAGAACCAGGUCCUUGAGCUGCAACGCCAGCUCGCCGACUCGCCUGGAGAGGCCUGGGAGAAGCAGGGCAGCGCGCCGUGUUCUGAAUCCUUCACUGCCACUGAAAACAUGCCGUAUCAGGGUCAAAUCGAGCUGGUUCCUCUGGGGCCAUACAAAUACCACCUCAGGAUCUUCUGCAAGAAGACCGGCGUCUUCACCAAGGUGCUGGAAGCGCUCUACAGCUACAACGCGCAGGUCACCAGCCUGAACACGAUAACGUUCUAUGGCUACGCCGAGAGCGUCUUCACCAUUGAGGUUAAAGGCGAGCAGGAUGUUGUGAUGGUGGAGCUAAGGAGCCUCUUAUCCAACAUUGUGGAGGUUCCAAGCAACUGA